AUGGAGCCCAGCGUUUCUCUUGAUGAGCGAGACAGUUGUCAACUGACCAAUGGGGAUCUUGUCAGCUCAGCCUCCUUCAUACUGGUGGGCAUUCCUGGCCUGGAAGCUUCCCACCGCUGGAUCGGCUUCCUGCUCUGCCUCAUCUACGUGGUGACUUUCGUGGGGAACAUCACGGUGCUCCUGGUCGUCAAUAUGGAGCCUGACCUCCACAAGCCCAUGUUCCUCUUCCUCUGCAUGCUGGCUGUGAACGACCUGCUCCUCAGCACCACCAUCCUGCCCAAGAUGCUGGGCAUCCUGUGGACGGGCUCAAGGGAGAUCGGCUUCCGUGCCUGCCUGCUUCAGAUGUACUUGGUCCACACCCUCUCCAUAGUGGACUCUGCCCUCUUGUUGGCCAUGGCCUUCGACCGCUAUGUGGCCAUCUGCCGCCCACUGCACUACGCAACCAUCCUCAGCAACACAGCGGUUGCCAAGAUGGGGUUGGCAGCCAUUGCCCGAGGGGCGAUAUUGGUCAUCCCCUGCCCUGCCCUUCUCCAGAGGCUGCCCCACUGCUUCCGCAAGGUCAUCCCCCACGCCUACUGUGAACACAUGGCCUUGGUCAAGCUGGUCACCUGUGCCAGUACACUGAUCAACCGGACCUAUGGCAUUUCUGUGGCCGCCUUGGUGGUGGGGCUGGACCUGGGGCUCAUUGCCACGUCCUACGCUAUGAUCCUGCAGGCCGUCUUCCAGCGGCCAUCGCGAGAUGCCCGGGCCAAAGCCCUGGGCACCUGUGCUGCUCACACCUGCAUCAUCUUGGCAUUUUACGUGCCCGCCCUCUUCACCUUCCUCACCCACCGGAUUGGCAACCACGUCCCUGCUUGCCUCCACAUCAUCCUGGCCAUCCUGUAUGUCCUGCUGCCCCCCAUGCUGAACCCGCUGGUGUACGCGAUGAAGACUCAGCAGAUCCGCCUGCGAGCGCUCGGCCUUUUCCACCUGGGAAGGAAGGCGAAUGGGUAG